UCGUUUACUCUGAGUGUGUGUGUGUGUGUGUUUUGUGGGGAGUUACACAAGCAUUUCAGCUUUCUGAAGUACACGCUCGCUACAACACUUCAGAUACUUUCCAUCUUUCCUGAACGUCCGAACCGAACCGGACCGAAGUCUCCGCAGCAGCUCAGCGGGUUAAUUCAGCUUCUGUAGUUGUUUUCCAGGACACGCGCGUCUCCACGGUGUGAUUUGAUCCCCAUCACGGAAAACCAACACUCUCCAUCGCAUUUAACCGCGCAGAAAGAUGGAAAACCGGGCUGUAAUGUUUCGUAGGUGAAAUAAACGGUGUGAGGAGGGUCGUAUCUCCACAGUGUGGAAGCGCGCGAGAAUCCGACUUGUAGCGCGCGUCGGAAAAAAGAUCAAACCAACAACAUGGAGCUGCAGACGGUGGUUUUGACAACCAGCGCGUCUGUGGGCUUUUUCAGAGUGGUGAACUAUGGCUUUGACAAACUCCCCAUCCCGGAGACGGCUCAGAGGAACACGUGGAAGUGGAGGAACAUCUCUACAUCUUUCGUUCACAGUUUCAUUACGGGAAUCUGGGCUGUGCUGUGUUUCUGUGUGCAUCCACAGAUGGCUGAAGACUUGAUAGAGACGCAUUCCGUCUUCUCCCAUGCUUUGGUGUCCGUAUCAAUUGGUUACUUCAUAUAUGACUUCUUUGACAUGAUUUUUAAUCAGAAGAUCAAUCAGUCAUGGGAGCUUCUUUUCCAUCACAUAGUGGUGAUCACUUGUUUUGGGCUGUCAGUGCUGACUUGCCGCUACGUGGGCUUUGCAGUGGUGGCCCUGCUGGUGGAGAUCAACUCCAUCUUCCUGCAUCUACGGCAGAUGCUGCGCAUGGCCAAUGUGUCCAAAAGCACGCUGUACAGGGUUAACAGCAUGAUCAACCUGGGCACGUACGUGGUGUUCCGCAUCAACACGCUGGCCUGGAUGACCCGCUGGCUGGUGCUGAACCGGGAGCACGUCCCGCUGCUCAGCUACACCGUAGGCAGUGUGGGACUGGCCAUCAUGACCGUUAUGAACAUCGUGCUGUUCUACCGCCUGCUGCGCACUGACUUCCUCAAGUCCAGCCGCGAGAAGGAGGUCAAGAAGGAGAAGGAGAAGGAGAAGGAGAAGGAAAAGGAGAAGGAAAAGGAGAUGUGAAAGUUGGUGAGAGCGCUAACACUCGUGUCUCACCUCCAAGCUAACCUGCAGCCCCACCAUUAUUUGCCUUCCAGAUGCCAGCAUCUGGUGCAGUUCACUAAGUUGAUUUUAUUUUCCAUCAAUCUGCUGAUUUUAUUCCCCUUUGACCAGCUUAUUGGUGUAAUCAAAUUUGAAAGCCUGUCUUGAUUUGUAUGCCCACAUGCAGUCUUGUUGGUGAGCACUGAUGAUUUUACUGAGAGCUUGUCAGAUUUUUAAAGAAAAUAUCUAGACAGCAAACAGAUGCUUACACACAUAAGCACUGCUAAAGCCGAUUUACACUACACGACUUUUACCCUGAUUUUAGCCCUGAUUCUCAGUCUGGCUGAGUCUGUGCUAGUUGGCUCUAGUCUGCAGAUUUUUGGGUCAGUCGGAGUCGACAGUUGGAGAGAGAAUCGAGUAGUGUGUGAGGGGCGCAGACUCAGAUUUUUUUGCCUUCCGCUCGCGUUUCAGACCAGUCUGAGUAUAUCAGAUAUGUUUGAUUUUUUCUACCUGAGCUUAAUCUAGUAGUGUAAACUGGUCAGCGACUCAAUCUGAAUGGAUUCCUGCAACAGCCAAUGAGAACAGAGAGCGCGAAAGAAGAAAAUACAGAAAAUAAACAAAGAAAAAUGGCGAAAAGUCACUCAAGUGUGGAGCAAAGCUUUUUAAUGAGCACAAUCAAGUUUAUGUACGUUUAAAACUCUUAAAAAAUACCACACUGAUCACAUUUUUAAAAUAAUGACCCAUGUGAUCCCCAAUAUUUCAGUCUCCCAAAAAAUCUUCAAAAACUGGUUGAAUAGUGUGAGAUGCCUAGUCUUUUUAUAAUCUGUUCAGACCUUAAAAGUUGUGUAGUGUACCUAAGGCUUAAGUGGAAAAUGUUUGUGGUAACACACAAACAUACUCUAAACAGCCUUUAAACCAACACAAGUAAGCAAAGCUAAUGCUAUUAAACCUCACCACACUUUUCAUUUAAAAAAUAUCUACUAACUAGUGACUCUGAUGUAGAAGCGAUCAUGAAAGUAAUUCUUUGCAGCCUAAUCUCUGUCUUCCACACUUCUUUUUUAAGCAUUGGAGUCAAUUGAUUUCUGUUUUUCUAAACACAUGUAAAAUAUCGAGGUAAAUCACUCAUAUGCAACAGAUGUGGCAGAUAGAGAUUAGGUUGAAAAUGCUGGAAUAUUUCCUUAAUACUCAAAGUGAUGAGAUGUCGUAUGUACAGUUGUAUGCAAGUGUUUGGCACCCCUUGUCAAAUUGUUCGUUUCUCUAAGUGAAGAGGGAAGGCUACAAACGAUAUCAGAGCACUUCCAGCUUGCAGUUUCCACUGUCUAAAAAUGUCAUUAAGAAAUGGCAGUUAAGGGGAACUGUGCAAGUCAAGGCAAGAUCUAGAAGACCAAAAACUCUCUAAAAUAGUUGCUUGUAUGCUGGCCUGUAAGGCAAAGCAAACCCUGACCUUUUGCAUACACCUGUGUGAUUGCAAACAUUUGUUUUGUGGAGAUCACAUGUUUUUGGUUUGUUUAUAUUGAAUUACUAAGAGCUAAAGGAAGGCCUCUUGUCAAGCCUUUUUAACACCUACACCUGCUACCUCAUAAAUGUGUAGCAGUCAGUUGGCUAGUCUCCUCCUAACUCAGUGUGAAUGUUCAGCCACCGACUGGCAAUUCUGACAGGAUGUCACAGGAUGCCAGCUGUUUGACUCAAAGCUGUAACGUGUGUAAAUCAGCACAAAUCUAAAAUAAUACUGUUCAGAUGGAAAGAGCAGCCGAAUGAAGUGUGUUGAAAGAAACGGCCCAGUGUCCAGUACUGCAUCUGGUCAAGAAAAGGCUGUGAUUAAACUUUGCUGUUUAAACAUGACCGCAGCCCUUCUUUGAAAAUAACUGCCAGCUGCAGUGGUAUCACUGAUGUACUGCAAAACACCUCAGUAUCCUCCAAAUACAAAUGUUUCGGUUUCGGAGGAAUUUGAUUGAUUUUUUUUUAAUUUGUGCAUAUUUCAUUGAGUCAUUGAGAUUAUGAAGAAAGCUCAUUCAGAGUGGUUUGAUUGGCAUGCUCCGUUCUAAAGAAACGUUCUGACUUUAAUUUCUUUACAGUGGUGGUUAUAGGAACCAGGAGUUGCAUGUGAAUAUAGCUGUUUUAUUUUAUAUCCAAAAAGACCAGUGAACCUUCAGAGUGUCUUCUGAGUUUAGAAUUGAAUGUUGAUAACGGUAAAAUAGUGGUAAAUCAGAAAAAAAUGUACUAUUUUGUCUUACAACACCCUGCAUGUAACCCUCCAGCAUGAAUGGAUAAAAUGUUUUAGGCUAAAACCAAUGUAAGCAAUGUAUUUGUAUAUCUUUCAUGUCAUAGCUUUGUGUGUUGGUGGCAUUAAACUCUUCAGACAUCUGGUUCCUAUCACUACCGCUUUGAACCGUUCUUGGCAAGUUUCUCAAGAAUGGAACGUUUCACACCAAACCAUGCUGAAUGUUUGAAUAAUCUGUAGAAUUCCACUUUAAGCCCUCUUCUGUAGCACUUUAGUUGAGCUGUUCUUUAAUUGGAGAACAUAUAAAGGAGAGCUUAACUGUAAAAUCAAAUAAACAUCAGUGUUAACAAAGAGAAUACUUGUUUUCUAAAAGAACCAUGUGGCAUUCAGGCCUUGAACACUGAUCUUUAUUUGAUGCUGUCAAGCUUUCCUCUGGUUUGUUUUGAAAUGGGGGGACAGCCUCGACUAAACACUGUGAUAUACUUACAAAAAAAGGCUACAGAAAAGUGCUUAUAACCUAAACAUUUGGAUUACAGUGUGUACGAGGGAUCUAAAUCUUACUGCUGGAGCUAUUAAUGUAGUUACAAAGGGGAGUGUACCUCUCUCUUCCUCACAGCACUGACAGUGUGACAUGUCUAAAGUGAUGUCUGACAGUUGCAUCACAGCCUGAUGGACUGUCAACUGUCAUUAUGCCUGUAGGUGGCAGUGCAUGCCUGGUUAAUAACAAUGACCUCAUACUAGUCUUAGCCAAGACUCCUUAGUUAUAGAAGCAGCUGUUAGAGCUGUGCCGAUCUUGCCUAAUGUGUGGUGAACAUUUUACAAUGGAGUUUUAUAUCUUGUUGUAUGUUUCAUAUGCACAUUUUGUAUAUUUGUAAUUUAUUUUUACUCAAAUAACAUGAUUGACAAACAGUGGAUUAACAUUUGAUGCGAAAAAAGAAAUUUCCCUUUGGAAGAAUUUUGAUUACAGUGAACAAUAGUGGAAUAUUGUGAUUUUUUUUUUUGUGGUGGUCAACAAUGAAUGAUCCAGUUUAUUAUAAACUAGAAGCCAUUAAGCUUUGUUUGCCUUUUUGAUGUGCCCUUCCCCCAGUUUUGCAGGGUGCAGUUUGAGUUUGUAGCUUGGACGUUGAUAGCUGGUCAGUAGAGAUCAUGCUGGCCCUCUCAGGGUUCUGAGGAAGUUGACACAUACACUGUAACCACAUGUAGCAUACCAAUAUGUGCCACACACGUAUUCAUCUCAAAAGCACUGUAUUCAUAAUGAAAGGUUUUUUAUAUUUUUGAAAUUGCGUUAGAACUACUAGGCUGUGGGUGGUAUACAUAUAUAUAUAUAUAUAUAUAUAUAUAUAUAUAUAUAUAUAUAUAUAUAUAUAUAUAUAUAUAUAUAUCACUGUUUAAAAAUUCUGAUUAGGUACUGCUUAAAAUGCCCAGGUUCACAAUGAAUUUCUGAGGCUUUCCUGCCCUGGUUCAAGCGAUUGGUAGUUAAUCAAUGCUAAACGUCCUGCCUACUUGUUUUUGCUGAAAUACAUUUUUCUGGUUUUCAGAGUUUUAUGCUGUUUUUGUGUAAAAUCUGUGCUUAUAACGUAAGAUAUGGCACAAAAAUGACUUCCCAUAGGCUUCUGUUGGGCUUAGACUGGGACAAGAAAAUUACUUUUUUAAAUUGUAAUAUACAGAUGAUGCAGUAGCACAAUGCUGUGGGUAGUGAUGUAUUUCUGCACGUCAUCUUUCCUCUCAGGAACAUAUGAAAAUGAAACUAGUAUGAAGACGUUUUAUGCUAAAAAUGUUUGCUACAGUCAAAAACGUCAUCUCAAAUUCAUCUUUCACAUCACAAGAUGAGGCUGCGAUGUAGUUGAGCUGGUUUAUGCUCAGUUCUUGUUGCACAAGAACUUUCUGAAACUGGAUGUAGUUCUGCACCCUCUAGAAGCCUAUAGGAGAUUUCUGUGCUGCAUCUUACUUUAGAACGGCAUGUAUUUUGUAUCAAAAAAUAAUUAAAAAAAACCUCUGGAAACUGCAGUUUUUGAGGGCACAAUCCUGUGAUUUGGAUAUUCUCAACAUUAUUCUCGUGUUGUUGAGAGCUGAGAUCUAUUUGGUGGGCAAUGAAUGAUCAUUUUAUUCACUUUCAUUUAGUUAUAAGAAGUUGGCAGUGUUUCAUUUGGUUAUAAGUUGAUUAUAAGUGCAAUUCUGUGUUGUGUGGUGAAAAUGUGCUGUGGUUAUGUUGUGAAUGAAAUUUUACUCAGCACUGUAGUGCACUGUCACGGUUUCCAAAGCCAUAGAUGAUAACAAAACUGUUUACUUGUGUACUUGAUUGGGAAAAUGUUUAACUUUUAAAUUAGCAUAUCACUAUUCAGCACUACACCAGCGAGAAAAGACCAUGCUGAAUGUGGUGCUGAUUCCCUCUUCAUUAGUCUGAAAUUUAAUAUGAUUGUGUUUAAAUUGUACAUUGCAUAAUAAUUUUAUUAUUCAGUUUGUGUGAAUUAUUGUUUUUAUUAAGUCCAAUUUAUAUAUUUUGGUUUUUAUUGUUAAGUGUGAAAAUAAAACAUUAUUAACA